AUGGCCCUUUUCUGCUCCACUGUCAGAAAGAGGGAGGGAGGCUUCCCCCAGCACCAAAAUAUCAUUCUGUGUAGUCUCUGCAGCACAGUAGCUAAGAACAAGUUUCCCGAUUACUCCCUGGUCUUUUUGGAGUUAUUUGCUGCAAGAAGUCUUUUUCCCCACUUUAAAUGGAUGAUUGUGUUACAAUCAAGAAAAAGCAUCUCCAAAGACCAAUCUUUAGUAUUAGUUCCUGCAUCCAGAUUGAGAGCCUUUUAUUCUAAGUGGUCAGGAAUCACUUCUCUUAAUAGGAGAUUUGGGAUCUUGGUGGAUGGAGGACUUAUACUGCAGGUUGAAGUUAAUCUAUUAAGAUGCUUGGUAAAGCAGCUGGAGAAGGGUGACAUUAAUGUGGUGGAUUUAAAAAAGAAUAUUGAAUAUGCAGCAUCUGUGCUGGAGGCAGUUUAUAUUGAUGAAACCAGGAAGCUUUUGGAUACUGAGGAUGAGCUCUCUGACAUCCAGUCAGAUUCGGUCCCGCUGGAAGUGCGGGACUGGUUAGCUUCUACAUUCACGAGGGAAAUGGGAAUAGUGAAGAGGAGACCUGAAGAAAAGCCCAAAUUCCGAAGCAUUGUGCACGCUGUACAGGCUGGGAUUUUUGUAGAAAGGAUGUACCGAAGAACUUCUAGCAUGGUUGGUUUGGCUUACCCAGCAGAAGUGAUAGUAACAUUUAAGGAUGUUGAUAAAUGGUCUUUUGAUGUAUUUGCCCUAAAUGAAGCAAGUGGAGAACACAGUCUGAAAUUCAUGAUGUAUGAGCUGUUUACCCGAUAUGACCUAUUGAGCCGUUUCAAGAUCCCUGUUCCCAAUCUUAUUUCAUUUGCUGAAGCUCUUGAGGUUGGUUACAGCAAAUACAAAAAUCCGUAUCACAAUUUGAUCCAUGCAGCUGAUGUUACUCAAACUGUGCAUUACAUAAUGAUUCACACUGGUAUCAUGCACUGGCUCACAGAACUGGAAAUUCUAGCAAUGAUCUUUGCAGCUGCCGUCCAUGAUUAUGAACAUACUGGGACCACAAACAAUUUUCAUAUUCAGACAAGGUCAGAUGUUGCAAUAUUGUACAAUGAUCGUUCUGUUCUUGAAAAUCAUCAUGUAAGUGCUGCUUAUAGACUCAUGCAAGAAGAAGAGAUGAACAUCCUGGCAAAUUUAACCAAAGAUGACUGGAGGGAGUUGCGUAGCUUGGUCAUUGAGAUGGUCUUGUCUACAGAUAUGUCAGGUCAUUUUCAACAAAUUAAAACGAUGCGACAUACUCUACAGCAGACAGAGGGGGUAGACAAAGCCAAAGCCAUGUCUUUGAUUCUACAUGCAGCAGACAUAAGCCAUCCAGCAAAAUCCUGGGAACUGCACUACCGGUGGACCAUGGCCCUGAUGGAAGAAUUUUUUCGACAGGGAGACAAGGAGGCUGCUUUAGGUCUUCAGUUUUCCCCACUCUGUGACCGCAAGUCUACUUUGGUAGCUCAGUCCCAAAUAGGUUUCAUUGAUUUCAUAGUAGAACCAACAUUUUCUCUUCUUACGGACUCAAUGGAGAAAAUUGUUAUGCCUCUUAUAGAGGAAGCGUCAAAAUCUGAAAGUCCUGCAUUUGGGACACCCAGCCAAAAUAGUUUGGGAGCAGUAAGCAAUGCUGAAGCACAAAGACGGCCCAGUUUUAAAAGUACAAGUGAUGGAGGGACUCACACAGAAAAUUCUCUAGCAACUGUAGACCUAACGAGCUUUAAGGACAACUUGAUGAAGAUCAUUCAAGCAAACAAAGAAAGAUGGAAAGAAUUAGCAGUAGAAGAAGAACUUGUGAAAAAUGUUGGUGAACAGGAAAAAGACCAAAGCAGAAAUUCCACAGAUGCACAGUUACAGGAAGAGACAACAAGGAUACAAAAUGAGAGUAGUCAGGGGAGCAGUGGUACAACCUGUCCUCCCAGAUCCAUCGUCCUACAAGUAGUCUCUUUCGACACUCCUCUGAGUGAUGAAUCCAGCUCAGAAAAAUGCACUAAGUCUGAUCCGAACCAGAAAGAUCUCACCGAUGCCCAGCAAGAAACACAGAAUACAGACCCACUGAAUGGUGAGCCUAAACACUGUAAGAAGUCAGAAGAUAUAGUAAAAGCCACUGAGCAGAAAGAAGCACUGAUACAGAACUAG